UCACAUGAUGACCCACCACAAGAGAAAGAGCUAUAACUGCACUCAGUCUGGCUGCCACAAAACCUAUGAUGACAAAAACUCCCUAAAACAGCACUGUGCCUCUCGACACGGAGUCCACCUCAUGUCUUCAUCCUCCUCCAACCUCUCUUCCAACUAUGACCUGCUGGCCUCAGCGUGGGAGCCAACUGUUAAUCUAACUGCAUCCGACUACCCCUUUACCUCUCAACCCAAGCCUGUUUCAGCUCAUGUGCUAAAGAAUCCCAGUCAUUCUGGAAAACUCUUUGGUUCUUAUGACACAGGAGAUCUUGGGAUGGGGCACCAUGCAGAAGAUGCCCAUCCCUCUCAGGUUCAAAAUUCAACAUGUCAAGAAAGCUGGACUUUAGAGUCUGCCAAUGACUGUUAUAAGGUAAAAGAAAGCAAGAAAAUGCUUAACUCCACCCAGUGGACUCUGGGUACUGAAAAAAAUCCAGUGGUUUCACGGAACCCAUUUGAUGUCCACGGUUUAGAAACCGGUUUCGAUUUUCCUGAACCUUACCCAGAAGAAUUGAAAGAGAUGCUGUCAUUACAGCCUAACAGAGAGGCACCUACCACCAGCAUGAGUUGCCCUGUGAGGCAGCGAGCUUCAGUUUCCCCCAAACAGCAUUGUCCCAUACUGCUGAAACACAGUCUGAAGGAGCCCAGACCUCCGAGCAAGUUAAAGCGUCGUCGCACAUUUUCCAGUUUCAGUUAUCCUGCUGAACCAAGGAGUGAUUCUGACUGUAAUCUUGACGAUCCUGUACUUGAUUCUCCUCCUGCAACAUUGACCAACAGUAGGAAGAGGAAGUCCUGCUCUAAGGAUGUCCUGUCUGAUGUUCCAACUCCUCCACUGCCUGUUCCUCUGCCCACUUGUCAUAAACGUUCACGACCACGCUCUUCCUACCUUGUCUCACCAAGUCAAGUGGCACUUGCAUCCUUCAGCACUUACCUUGGAAAACAGUUUUUACAAAAGGAGGCCGUUUUAAAAUCAACAGGAGAGGAACCGAAGGCUGGUUGCAGUUCUGUCUAA